AACCCUCAGAGUCAGAGCUUCAUACCUGGCCAAGCUGAUGGCCGACCAUUCUCGCCACAUCGCACACCUUAUGCUCCUAAUUCUGCCUUUGGCACUUCUUAUGCACCUCCAUCGCAGCUUCAGCGCCAGUCUUCGAAUCAUUCACCAAGCUCUGGUUUCGGCUCGCCGCAUAAUAAUUCCCCACACAUGACCCAAAGCCGGAUGCACGUCCAGCCCUUGACACAUCCUCUGCCACAGGGUCCUGUCUUUCCUCGCCAACCGUCUCCCAACGUGCCUCUACCGCCAAAACCCACGGUCAACUCGCAGCGAGCGCUCGAGCAUGGUGGCGCAGCGACCGCACCUGGCGCUCAAACAACGCACAUGCAUGGACAGAGCCUGCUCGCCAAGUGGGGCGCGCCGCCUUCACUUCCCGCAAAACCGCCGCCGCCUGUUGAGGCAUUCGACGGUACGAGAUCGGCUCAUGUCCAGCGACAGCCAUUCAACGUAGCAGCAGCAGCCCGGCAACCUGGAGGAUACUCUCCGUAUGGUCCAAGCUCCGCGCAAAUCGUGAAUGGCACUGGGCGAGCUCUGGGAGGAUAUGAGGAAUUCAGAAAAUAGCCAUGAGCAUGUCUUCAAUUGAGAAUGGAUUGAG